UGAGCUGAAAUGAAUAAAUAUCUAUGUACAGGACUAUAGUUUUUAAAUCAGUCAGUAUAUGCUUUUGUUUUAGGAGGUUUUUUUGCUUAAAAUUAUACAUAAAUUGUAAAAUUCAGUUACAAGUGCACGCUUGUAACAUAUACUUGACUGAAAAUUUUGUUUAGCUGCUAAAAAUAUGUAAUUUAACGUCAGUACAAACUGGAAGUGUGUAAAUAACAAGUGUAAAGUACUUAGAAAUUUAUGAGGUGUUUAAUAUGGACAAAAUGAUUUUUGUAGUGUCAGUGUAGUCAUGCGUCUUGAAUCUAUGAACUCGAAAAUAUAUGCGAAUGUAUGAAAUAUAUGGUUUAAAAUCACAAACGUUAUAAUGAUGAUCGAAUUAAAUGUUUGAAAUGGAAUAUGGAAAAAGAAGCAUGUGAUUGUUUAGGAUAAUCGUGUUACAUAUUAUACGGGACUUUGAAUCUAACUGAUUGAUUUCUCCGAUGCUUUUUAACGCAACGUUGAUUCUUAAUGGAUUAUGCAUAUUAUAUGUAAGCGAGAAAAACAGAGAAAUAUUUCCGAUGAAAUAUGUGCCUAAUCUUGGUCUAUUUCAUUGCUUAGCUGAGAUUUAUUGAUUGAGAAAAAGCUGUUUGUCAUUUGUUCCUUAUUUGUAAUCUAUGCGUGACAUAUAUUAUUUAAAUAUAAAAUACUGUAGAAACGGCACACUCAGCUGUUAUUAUAAAGGCUUGUAAAUGAAGAGAAUCUCAAAGUUUUAAUUAUAUAGGGACUUUCAGUAGAUAUGUGAUAAUUUUGAGACAAUCCUAAAGCUGUGUCAGAAUUGACAUCUUCAGUUCUUUGUGGAGUUGAAUGGCCAUACAUAGGGACUUAAAAUCUGUGAUAAUUUUGAGACAAUCCUAAAGCUGUGCAUGGAUAUAAAGUCAGAAUCAACAUCUUCAGUUCUUAGUCAGGGUAUGACUUCUACGUGUUACUUGAAUACGAUGUAUUUCGGAAGCAGCAUUGAAAAUGGGGAUGACAGGGCUCAGCCCCUGGGUUAUUUGGACAGGUACCGAGCAAUUACAAGUUUUGAGGACUCAAACAGUAAUGGGUAUGGGGACGGCAUACCCAACCCUUACAGACCAAUGGAUCUGCGGCCUGAUUACAAUGGUAUUGAACCAAUGCACAAAAGCCGUAAAAAUAAAGAAGACAAAUAUUGUGGGGUGUGCGGGGAUCGAGCUCUCGGGUACAACUUCGAUGCCAUAUCAUGCGAAUCGUGUAAAGCGUUCUUUCGACGAAAUGCUCCAAAAGGACUGGACUACUUUAAGUGCCCUUAUGAAGAGAAAUGUAAAAUGGACGUGUCAAAUAGGAGGUUCUGCAAGAGGUGUCGGUUAAGGAAAUGUUUUGAGAUAGGAAUGCGGAAAGAAUACAUCCUGACAGAAGAAGAAAAGAUGAGAAAGAAACAACGAAUUGACGACAACAGGUAUGGACGGAUGCGAGAUCUCGAGAAGAAAAUGUCACAGUCUGGAGUUGUCACAUCAUCAUCAACACAGAAGCUCCGCCCACUCGAACCAGCAGAGGAAGCUGUCAUUGGUGAAAUCGUACAAGCGUACCGUGCAUCGCUGUCUAUACCCAUCGAGUCAAAGGUGCCAAGAGAUAAUGCCAAUUUUGCCGCGCUAGUUAAUAUUGCUGAAGUCAGUGUACGUAGGGUAGUUGAUAUGGCCAAAAAAUUAAAAGCCUUUAAGGCUCUUUCACAGACUGAUCAGAUUGGUUUACUGAAGGGAGGAAGUAUAGAAUUGCUCAUUCUUAGAUCUGUUAUUUCAUUUGAUAAAGAAAACAAUUAUUUUCUAGAUCCUUAUGACAAGGAUUCGUUAGCCAUGUCAGCUGAUCAGCUUAGGGAGGGCAUCGAGAAACCAGGCGUUGAUGUUGGCGGUUUGCCAGGAUUCAGUCAAGCCGGUGGACUAUUUGACGAGCAUAUGAAAUUUGUCAAAUCUUUGGCAAUAGACUUAAAAGCCGACGAGACCGUGUUGAUAUUACUGCUAAUGUUAUCACUGUUCUCGCCCGAUCGUCCCUGUGUGCAGGAUAAGGUGUACAUUUCUGCAGAGCAGGAUAAGUAUGCCCUGUUACUUCAGCGGUACCUUGAAUCCAAGUACCCCAGUCAUGUAGUUCGUAGCAUCUACCCAAAGCUUUUAAUGAAGCUCACUGAUAUUCGCAACUUGAACGAGGAACAUUCACAGGUUUUGUUGAAACUGAAUCCGGAAGGCAUUCAGCCCCUAAUGAAGGAAGUGAUGGAUUUACACCUGAAAAAAUCGGAAACGGACAGUGAUUCAUCGUCAGUUGCAUCGCCAUAGAGACAGUUUAGAUAUAAAGAAAGUCUUAUAAUCGUAAAUGUGCCUAUUUUUUGGAGGCAACCUGAAGGACUAGGAAAAAUCUUGUUUUUUGAGUUGGACAUUUCAGAAAAGUUGUUUCUUGAAAAUUGUCUUUGCCAUCAAACUUACAGGGAUAUAGUUUAUCAGUUGUGUGAUUUGAAAUAUCAUGCCGACUGCGAUAUUGUUGCUUGUUUAAAUAAGCCCGCCAGUUAUUUUUGCUCCUAUUGCCAUGAAAUGUUUUCUGUUGAUUCGCUGUAGAAAGUGAUAAAAAAAAAAAAAGGUGAUAAAGAAUUACGUCCAUAUAGAAUUUAUUUGUACAGCCUCAAUUCUGCUAUUACCUCAGCGACAGGAUGUUUUAGAUGUUGUACGCAUAAAUGAAUUUUGCCAUAUAUACUAAUAAUAUGAAACAGAGAUCUCGGAACGAUGGUUACAUUAUUAUAUAGGGAAGGGUGUUGUUGUGUUAAAUGGGAGAGGCCUGUUUAAAAGUUGUUGAUGUUUUGUGGUAAUAUGUGAGAAAAAAAAAGACUUUCUGUGUAGUUUUAUAGAAUCCGGUGAAAUAAAUAUUGUAAUAUCGGGGAUAUAAUUCUGUUAUAAAUGUAUUUCUGUAGUGAAAGAUACUAUUUAAUGAAAUCAUCAUGUGUUACUAAUGAGACGAAACCAGUCCCGUAUAAAUUCCCUUCCACCGAAUUUAGCCAACAAACCUGAAAUGGACUUAAUUAUAUGGCUAAUCUUUCAGGCUAGUUCUUUGCUAGUAGCAUCUUGUUAAAGAAUAAAUGGUAAAUGAUUCAGAAAAAUAGAUAUUUCUUUUUUCUCAACCUGUUAAUAUAGUACAAGGAUAUGGCAUUUUUUAUUGAAGAAAAAGCUUGUUAUAGAUUUGGCUUGCCGUUAUAUAAAAGACCACUUUUAACAAUCUACUUAUCAAUGACUGAAGACUGAAUUGUACUGUCUUCAUCUAGAGUUAGUAUGGGCUAAAAAGCAAGAUGUAUAUAUUUCAUUCUGCUCAAGUUUGCCCUACCUAUUUAGACUUGAAUGGGGGGUUUUAUUGUGUAAGCUAAAUUCAGUGUGAAGUCUGUUUGUUCCUCAUUAAUAAGACACAGGUAUAGAGGUGGAAAACCAUUUUGAAACUAAGGAAAAGAUGCCAAUGUAUUUGAUACAGGAGAACAAGUAUAUGCACGCAACUGUAAGCAAACUGAGAUUUUUUAAAUACUUCCUAGGUUUUAUGUCUGGUUAAGGACUAUUGUAACUAAACAGAUGUUUGAGGAAAAGAGGUGUAAGUGCCUACAAAUGAAGGAAAACAUUUAGUCCUCUUUGGCCCACAAGUCGUAAAUUUAUUUAGCAGGAUUUGUCUUCUGGAUUUUUUGCUGUUGUUUUUUUUUUAAAUAUAUAUAAAGCUGAGUUAUAGAAAUUCUGCUGUUUAAUAUAUUCAGUCAUCUUACAGAAUUUUUAUGAACAUUUACGGUGUAUGACUGUAGAUUGUACACAUUAUUUGCCCAUAUUUAUUAUGGAUGAUGAAAGAGGUCCUUGUUUCUGCUGUACAUAUGUCUGUUAAUUGAUACUUUAUUCUUUGCUUGUUUCUUUAAGAGUUCUCUUCAACUGUUAUAAUUUUUUUUUUCUUCUUUUCUCUGUUAUUUCUGUUUAAUUUAUGUUAUUUAAACCUUGUUAAAGAUACUAUAAAAGUUUUUAAGCUUGAUUUUUAUUAAUUGUUUAGAUAAUAAAAUUAUCUAAGUUACCAUUCUUAUCUAUAGAUAGAUCAAUUUUUUAAUGAAGCUUUCAGAAAUUUGACAAGUCUCCUUUAAGACCAUUUUUUUGUCCAGUUUCAACUAGGCAGCUAAAAUUCUCUUCGAUUAUUGGUCCUAAUUUGUCCUCUCAUAUAACAAAACCUCUUGAGUGUAGGUAUCUCUUUACAACGACAUUUGUUUUCUUAAUUGACCAGUUUUUUAGUAAACUCUCCUUGUUUAUACAAAAGAAAAGUACAGAUGUUUGUUUCAGGGGAUUUGUCGAAUUUCUGAGGAUUUUUGAGAGAUGAAGAUUUUCAUGAUAAGAUAUAUGCAGAAUUGAAUAUUGUUUAUAAAACGCUUUUGAAUAUAUUGUUAUAUUAUU